UUUCGCGGGACUCCUUCACCGCGCAUGCGCCGUAGGUAGAGUUUUUCGCGGGAUCCCACCAGGAAGUUUUGAGAAGGGUCUGCUCGCUGCUGUUGACUCCGCUCGUCUUAUUGUCUCACAUCAGGUUUUACUAACUUUAACACAAGGCGACAACAUGUGGAACCAGGGAGGAUACAACGAGUCCAGUGUGGGUGGAGGUUACACUCAGUCUCCGGGAGGCUUCGCAUCACCUUCUCUCUCCCAGGGAGGAGAGAAGAAAGGGAGAACUCGUGCAAAUCAGAUAAUCCCCUGCACCGUGUCUCAGCUGAUGUCUGCUUCCCAGGCGGAUGAAUCGUUCAGAGUGGGAGAUGUGGAAGUUGCACAGGUUACCUUCGUGGGUGUCAUCAGGAGCACGGACAAAUCCAUGACCAACAUCCAGUACAAAGUCGAUGACAUGACGGGCGCUCCCAUGGACGUGAAGCAGUGGGUUGACACAGAGGAUGCUGGUGUGGACAGCACUGUGCUGCCCCCAGGCACGUACGUCAAAGUUUCUGGAAAUCUGCGCUCCUUUCAGAACCACAGGUCUGUUGUGGCGUUCAGCGUCAGACCCCUAGAGGACAUGAAUGAAAUCACCUCGCACAUGUUGGAGGUUGUACAAGCACACAUGGCGCUAAGCAAACCUCAGACCAUGAGUGUCGGAGGAGGAAUGAGCAGUAACGUCACACCCAUGAUGAGGCCAGACAUGGGCAACAAGGGGGGCAUGGGAGGAAUGGGUGGGGGCUACACUGGCGCCAACGACAUGACUAAGAACGGGUUGAGCGGGAACCAGAAUCAGGUGCUGAGUUUGAUAAGAAGCUGCCCAGAGCCGCAGGGCAUCAGCCUCCAGGACCUGAAGCAGAGACUCAGUGGAAUAAGUCUGACUGUUAUCAAGCAAGCAGUGGAAUUUCUUAGCAAUGAAGGUCACAUCUUUUCCACCAUCGACGAAGACCAUUUCAAAUCAACGGACAGUGACGAUUAGACACCUUCCCAUUCAUGGUGGUUCCUUUUUUGAAUAUCAGCUGAAAUAAAUUCUUAACUUUAACCAAAACCACCAACACCCACAGUUCCUUUUCUGUUUAGUUGAAAACAUAUGGUUUCAAGUUUAGUUUACGUGUUCAGUAUUCACAGAAUUGCUUCUGCUAAUUUGCAAGCGGAAGAUUUUCAGAGUCGUUGUAAGCAGUAACUAAAUAUUUGUUUUAUGUAUUUUCUCCCUCCCCGUGUCCACUGUAAAGCAUUUUGUAAUUUUAAAGCCUGGAAACAUAAGUACUUGAUUUAUUUUCGUCUAUUUUAUUUUUGACAAUAUUAAAAGAUUAUUUGAAAUACAG